ACACAGCCAACCUGUCUCUAUAUCAUCCCAAUUUGCUCUUCUUCCCUAUAUAACUAAGCCUCUGAGAGCUACCUUAGCCCUCAUCAAUACCAACAAAGAAUUGGGUCCUUCAAUGGCGAAGAGUACUCUUGGGGUGUUGUUUUUCCUUCACUUCUUUUUACUGUCUUCUUCAGCCUUCUCCAAGCAUGUCUCUAAUGGCAUUCAUUGGUGGUGCACAAAAACCACAUACCCUGAAACCUGCAAGUAUUUCUAUGGCCAUGCCAACAAUCCUCCUCCCAAAGACAUGUCUGAGUUCAAGAAAAUGGCGAUCAAAUUCGCCAUGGACGGAGCUUUGAGUGUCGAGAGGCACACUAAGAGAGUCGGUUCAAGGUGUCGAAAUCAUAAGGAAAGGGUUGCUUGGGCUGAUUGCUUGAAGCUCUACCAAAACACCAUCUUUCAGCUCGAACGCACUCUAGAUUCCUCUGCUAAGUCUACUGAAUUUGAUAUCCAAACCUGGCUUAGUACCGCCCUUACCAACGUUGAAACGUGCCGCACUGGGUUUGCUGAGCUGAAUGUUGUGGACAAUGUAUUGCCGCUGAUCACGUCCAACAAUGUCACACAGCUGAUAAGCAACAGCUUGGCGGUUAACAAUGCUUCAACUUGGCAGGGGAAAGAGACAUAUAAACAGGGUUUUCCAAGUUGGCUUUCAGGUGGUGAUAGGAAGCUGCUGCAGUCAUCUUCAAUGAUGGUGGACCUUGUGGUGGCUCAGGAUGGAUCCGGUGACCAUAAGACAGUUGCAGCAGCACUAGAGGAAGCUGCAAAAAGGAAGACAGAUGGGAGAUUCGUUAUACAAGUAAAGAGAGGGGUUUAUGAAGAAAACCUCGAGAUAGGAAAUAAGAUGAAGAAUAUAAUGCUGGUCGGAGAUGGAAUGAGAUUUACCUUCAUUACAGGUAGUAGAAGCGUUGGAGGAGGCUCCACCACUUUCAAUUCUGCUACCGUUGCGGUGACCGGAGAAGGAUUUAUAGCUCAAGGAAUCACAUUCCGAAACACGGCCGGUCCCGAAAACCAUCAAGCAGUUGCUCUCCGGUCCGGUGCAGAUCGUUCCGUCUUCUACCGCUGUGCCUUUGAAGGGUAUCAGGACACCCUCUAUGUCCAUUCACAAAGACAAUUCUAUAAAGAGUGUUAUAUUUACGGGACUGUAGAUUUCAUAUUCGGAAAUGCUGCAGUGGUUCUACAGAACUGCAUGAUUUACGCAAGGAAACCAAUGAAUGGUCAAAAGAAUGCAGUUACUGCUCAAGGAAGGACUGAUCCAAAUCAAAAUACAGGCAUUUCAAUCCAUAACUCACGGGUCAUGGCCACAGAUGACCUGAAACAAGUGGAGAGCACAGUGAAAACCUUCUUGGGAAGGCCGUGGAAGGAGUACUCUCGAACAGUUUUCAUUAAAACUUACCUCGAUACUUUGGUUGAUCCAGCAGGUUGGUUGGAAUGGAAUGGUGAUUUUGCAUUGAAUACUUUAUACUAUGGAGAGUAUAAGAACAUUGGCCCUCGUUCAUCAACAGACCAGAGAGUGCAGUGGAAAGGUUACCAUGUUAUAAGCAAUUCAACAGAGGCAUCGGAGUUCUCUGUCCAAAAUUUCAUUUCAGGGCAGUCAUGGCUGCCAGGCACAGAGGUCCCAUUCAUUCCUGGAAUCUAG